CCACUUCCCAAGCCCCUUUGGAAGCCUCGACCGACAAAUGGGAUCGUUAGACACACUGGCUAGUGCAGCGGAGAACGGCUCUACAAUACCCGCCACGUUUCCCGGCCACCACAAGUCCCUAAACAAAGACGGGUUCCCCGCCGGAAUUGCGCCGGAAUCGAACGCGAUGAAGAAGCGGAAAGCGUCUUUUCUACCUCUUGAGGUUGGUACUCGUGUCAUGUGUCGUUGGAGGGACGGGAAAUUCCACCCGGUCAAAGUCAUCGAACGGCGAAAAAUGCACACCGGUGGGCCGAAUAAUUACGAGUAUUACGUACAUUACACGGAGUUCAAUCGGAGGCUUGAUGAAUGGGUGAAGCUUGAACAACUUGAUCUCGAUUCUGUAGAGACUGUUGUUGAUGAGAAGGUUGAGGACAAGGUUACAAGCUUGAAAAUGACACGCCACCAGAAGCGGAAGAUUGAUGAGACUCAUGUAGAGGGUCAUGAAGAGCUUGAUGCUGCCAGCUUGCGAGAACAUGAGGAGUUCACAAAAGUGAAAAACAUAGCAACUAUAGAACUUGGAAGAUAUGAGAUUGAGACAUGGUACUUUUCUCCCUUUCCACCAGAAUACAAUGACUGUUUGAAGCUGUACUUCUGUGAGUUUUGCCUCAAUUUCAUGAAGCGCAAAGAACAGCUUCAAAGGCAUAUGAGGAAGUGUGAUCUUAAGCAUCCGCCUGGUGAUGAGAUAUACCGAAGUGGUACAUUGUCAAUGUUCGAAGUUGAUGGCAAAAAGAACAAGGUCUAUGGGCAGAAUCUAUGUUAUUUGGCAAAAUUGUUUCUUGAUCACAAGACUCUUUAUUAUGAUGUUGACCUAUUUCUGUUCUAUAUCUUGUGUGAAUGUGAUGAGCGGGGAUGCCACAUGGUUGGUUAUUUUUCCAAGGAAAAGCAUUCGGAGGAGUCUUAUAAUUUAGCAUGCAUCCUCACCCUUCCUCCUUAUCAAAGGAAAGGCUAUGGAAAAUUUUUAAUUGCCUUCUCUUACGAACUUUCCAAAAAAGAAGGUAAAGUUGGCACACCUGAGAGGCCCCUUUCUGAUCUUGGACUGUUGAGCUACAGAGGAUACUGGACCCGGGUUCUUUUAGACAUCUUGAAGAAGCACAAGGGCAACAUUUCCAUCAAGGAACUUAGUGACAUGACAGCAAUUAAGUCGGAGGAUAUUUUAAGCACCCUUCAGAGCCUAGAACUGAUUCAAUACAGGAAAGGGCAGCAUGUCAUCUGUGCUGAUCCGAAGGUCUUGGAUCGCCAUCUAAAAGCUGCCGGCCGGGGUCUCGAAGUUGAUGUCAGCAAAUUGAUUUGGACCCCUUAUAAAGAACAAAGUUGAUGGCAACAGAGUCAUCCGGAUACUUGCUGCCUCCUAUCUUGACUUGUAACUAACCUCUCUUGUAUAGAAUAUAGGCUUUUAGGGUAUGAAACUGGGAAUUGUCUUGGUGACUUUUUCCUUGCAUUAUCCAUUUUGUGAUUUCCUGUACGUAUGCAUGAACAAAAAAAUUAAUAAUAUAUUCUGACAACACUAGGCUUAGGUUACCGCUGAUUA